CUUAACGUAACGAGAGAUUAGUUUGUGCAAUCACAAUACGUCUGUUGCAGAAGUCUGGAACAUUUAGUUUUAACUCGUAGACCAUUCCCUUAGCUAUAGCAUGUUUUGAUCGGUCCAUUACAUGCGGAGCUGCAGACAUGGUGGAGCCAACAUCACACAAGUUUACAUCCCUAGCAGAGGAGCUGGGCUUCUGGAAGGAGCAGGCAGAGGCACACCAGCAAAGGGCUGAUGAGGCUCAUGAGGAGCUGCAGGAGUUUCAGCAGAUGAGCCGAGACUAUGAAGCAGAACUGGAAGCUAUGCUGAAGCAGUGCGAGGGUCGAAACAAAGAGCUGCUUUUAGACAACAACCGACUACGCAUUGAACUGGAAAACAUAAAGGAGAAAUUCGAGGCUCAGCAUUCCGAAGCUUUUAGGCACAUCUCAACCCUGGAGGAAGAUCUGGCACAAACAACAGCAGUGAGAGAUCACCUGCAGAAAUACAUCCGAGAGCUGGAGCAGUCCAACGAUGACCUGGAGAGGACCAAAAGGGCUACCAUCAUGUCUCUGGAGGACUUUGAGCAGCGAAUGAACCAUGUCAUUGAGAGGAAUGCCUUUCUUGAAAGCGAGUUGGAUGAGAAAGAGACCCUGCUUGAGUCUGUUCAGAGGCUGAAGGAUGAAGCCAGAGACCUUCGCCAGGAGCUGGCUGUGCGUCAGAAGGAAAGACGUCCGUCCAGCAGCCUGGGCAAAGACAUGGACAGAGCAGAUCUGCCGUGCCCCUCGGCCGGGAACUCGUCCAUCCCCGUCACGCCCUCCAAACCCAUCAGCUCAUUUGCCACGCCCCCUCCUUCCAGUAGCCGACGAGGUGAUGGUCUAACGGGGACUCCCCUCACAAUGUCUGCUAGAAUAUCUGCACUCAACAUUGUCGGGGAGCUGCUGAGAAAAGUUGGAAAUCUGGAGUCAAAGUUGGCGUCCUGUCGAGACUUUGUGUACGACACGCCCGGCAGCAGACCGGCACUCCCGGCUGGCCCUGGUAGUCCUUCUGGUUUAGAGAGAGGCUCCGAGGUCCAAGCUAGCAGCAUGAGCCCCCCUCCUCAGUACGACAGUUUAGUGAAACGGUUAGAGUUUGGACCGGCUCCUCCGAGAGGCGUCUCCCAGGGUGCCCAGUCUCCUCAGGGUGGGGUCAAGAUUCUGCUAUGAGAGGGGAAAAAUGGCGACGAACCCACCCCCCCCUCAUUUAAUAACCUGACACCAACCCCCUGUCGCCUCUCCAUCCUUAAUAGACUACAGCAAUGGGGACUUUGAACUGAGCUGUCUUCCCUUGUCGCACACAUGCCCUGCUGAACUAUUUUGAACAAGAAAGCCACUCUUCUUGCCCCACAUAAUCAGCGCAUGGACUUCUGCUGCCUGAGGCUAGUAUCGCACCAUAUCUGUCAAAGGGAGGAACAGAGAACCUACUGCUCGCGCUAUCUUCACACGGUGGUGGGUAGCAUUUAAAAAUCCCCUGUAUCUACCGAUUUUCUCUCUGUGGUGGAUCAACAGGGCUGACGAAACACAUUUCGGGUGUUUGCUGUUCUUGUCCAGUGAUCACGAAGAGUCACUGGACAUGACCCUGAUGAAGGGACCAGGAACCUGAAGUAUUGUUUAUAAACCAGGUUUAGAUUGUACAGAUACUGUUGAUGACGAAGUCAAAACCAAAGCUUUGAAAAAUGGAAAAAAACUGAUCAAAGAUAAAAGUAAUGAAUGAUUAAUAAAUAAUGAAUCUGAUAUGAAAGAAAAACACGGUGACACUUAAUUAUUUGUUUUGUAUUCUGUGAGCUAAGGGCUCCAAUGAUGUAGCACUGAACACCAACAUCCAUUUACCUCCGUCUUGAGAGCGAUAUUGAAAUCAUUUUACCUCGCCGAGCCCCCCAACAUACGUUUCCUAGAAGAGACUCAAUGUUUCCCACUGCUACAGAAAGUUUAGUCAUCAUAUUUCAGCCAUCGCUGCCUUCACUAACGUCGUUACCUCCUCAGUUCGUAGGCCGUGCUUUGCGUCGAGGAAUGAGAUAACGUCACUUCCCCUCAGGCUAGUUUAACGUCACAUGGUUUUCUGUUUGACCCGGGUUCUUUCCAUCGCACAGACUUGUUUUUUAGCUGACUCAUUAUUACCCGUCAAAGCUGAUGAACGUUGAGGACAGGAAAAGGUUUUCAGCCUCGGAGAUUUAUGAUCUAGUGUUACCAAUAACUUUUAUAACGAUUGAGGUUGAUUGUAGAAGUUAGAUCGGCACAUUGUUCACUACUGAAUGUAUAGUAAUAAUUCCCUAAUAGGUGUGAGAGACCCCCCCCCGUCUGCCAUCGAGAGCUAUAUGGCUGCGAAUGAGGAGUAAUACCAAGCAAUAAUAGAUUUUAACAGGUCAGAGAGAAGCACAGUUCAUAGUAUGUUUGUGUCGGUAUAUAGAGCGUAUAUUGAGAGAUAUUGUGAACGGGGGAAAUAAAGUGAUUUAAUGUGGAAUUUGUGAAAUUGUCCCUAAAAUGUUACUGGUUAAUCUGGAGCUGUCACUACUGCCAUCCGGCAGCUUAUUUAUCAAACCGUACAGGGCAUAUUGGAAUAGCACACUGCGGUGUCGUCUGUGUGUACAUUGAACUUGUUGGUUAAACCAUUUGAGAACUGAUCCUCUGUGCUGUUUAACCGCCUUUGACCUAACAUGAGAUGACUGUAAUCCGCUGUGUGCUGGGUGUUUGUAUACAGCAGCACCUCUGCACCUGUUUCUGUAUUUAGACUAUAAACUGUAUGUGCCUGAGGUACGAUACCCAACUGUUGUCCUGUUGGUUUGCAGUUGUUUUUCUAUUGAGCUGAACAGAUGAGAAUGUUCUGAGGAUCUUUGAAGUUACCGACAGACGGAAAUAUUAAAAGGAGAAAAUCAAUGUUUUGUUUAAAUCUCUUUAUUUCUUGUGCAGGUGGUUGAACAGUAGAUAGAUACGAUUGGUGUCAUGUAAACAUCAGUUGAUUACAUAGAACAUGAUCAAAUGACAGAGUUGGUUUCUGGGUAAUCAAGGGGCUUUUUUCAACAUGUACAGUAAAUCAGGACAAAAGGGGAAAUAAAAUAGAAAAUGACGACGUUCAAUACUGGAAUCUGGCUGGUGAGUUUAUAGUGGAGGCUAACCUGAACCUCGUCUAAUCUUAACAUUAAGUAAUCAUAACAUGUCGGCACAAGAAAGGUGCAAAUGAUAUAAAACUGUGACGUAAAAUGUUUAACAGCUAAAUAUUUGUUUGUUGGGAUACAAACAGCAGCACUGACUGGAUGCAGACCGAGUAUAGAAAUACCUUCCUACAUCUGUCAGUGCUGCUCUCAACAGCAGUCACAGGCAACAGGACGACAGUCGCUCGUAAUAGACACAGAUCCAUAGAUUUACAUGAUGAUGUCUGCUUUAAGUUGUGGUGACUUCUUAUGGAGACUCGAGGCUUUGCUGGUAGGUCAGCGUGGUAAUUAGAGGCACCUGUUUGUGUACAAAACUUGCAUAAAAAGGAAUCGGGUCAUUCAGUGCAGUACAAAACAGUGUAACUUAAAAAAAAUGAAAGGAACAGGAAAUCACACGUCAGCAUAGCCACCAAAACAACUCCUCUGGAUGAUAUCGAGUCCUUCUGAUUAUUGUGCAUCAAGAAAAGGUGCUCUGAAACAAGACGAUAGAUCAGUACACUAUUGGAAGUUUGAGAAAAUAUAUAUUUUGAAGUUAUAUGGAAGAACAAGAUGGCUUAAUGGGCUUUGAAGUUAUUCUCUGUUAAAGUGGGAGACGGUGGCAAUUCUGAUAUCUGGUUAUUUGACGUCCCUCACUCCGCAGACUUGGUUCCAUUGAAGUCGCUUUGGGAGUCGGCCUCCUCCUCGGAGGCGUCUUCGACCACCCGUCGGCCGCCGCCGCCCAUACGCCGAGUUGUGCCGCCGAAGGAGGGCUCGUUUCCACGCCUAGAAGUGCCACAGAGACGGACACGGAUACAAACCGACACAUAUCCCAACAGUGAGAGGAGCGGUUAUCUGAUGGCUUAUGAGCUGGUUAAAGUUUGAAAACCACUCUUGUGUUGAUGAAAUACAGAAUGUACAGUAAUGUGCUGUGGUUACAGAUUAAGCACGCCGGUUAUCUUUGUAACUCAUUUGACUCCUGGCUCAGGAAAAUGAGUUCGGUUUAUGGCAAUUAAACCAAGCUCUGAGGAAAAUAUGGCCACCAGUCAGAAAUUGGUGGAAUGGAAAGCUCACUCGCUACCCAACAUUUUAGUUUUUCCAAGGAAAUCGUGGUAGGCUGAUGAGCCAUAUUUCUCUCAGUUAGGCUCAUAGAAAGAAAUGAUAGCAUUGAGAGUGCACGGGGGGAUGAGAAGUUAUGGUAAGUUAAUAAGAAAUGGUGAUGGGGCAACUUUUAGGCGCAGAGGUACCUGCUGUGUUACUCCUUGGGUUCAGGGUUGCCUCUGGAAUAGAGAUGGACACCAUUGUUUGUGCUCAGUGAAGGCCACCAAACUAAAUUCUACUAACAUGCUACUGCUUUGAAUGUGUGUUUACAACCCUGUGAAUACGACUGUAGUGACAACGUACUCUUUAGCACUAAAAUAUGUAUGUUGAGUUUAAUUAUUUAGUGUGAAACGAUACAGAAAUACACAGACACCCUCCUGAUUGUGACUAUUUACCAUUCUGUACUGCCUACUGCAGUAUCUGUGUCCUCUUGGAGCGUCACAGGAAUAAAAAGAAGAAGAAGGAAGGACAGACUCUUUGGCCCUUUGUUGUACCUGAGUUUGCUCUUGAGAGAGUUGACCUCGCGGCUCAUGGCGUCGCUGGCCUCGGUGGCUUCAUCCAGCUCCCGCUGCAGCUUCCUGCGGGCGGCUGUAGCGCGCUGAGACUCCUCCUCUGACUCCUCCAGCUGCCGCUUCAGCUGCUUCAUGCGGGUAGUUGACUUUUCUGCCUGGUGAGCGAACAGAGGAAAUAUACAGACUUGGUACUCUUUCAUCCCAACUAACUGUCCCUGUGCACUGGACUCCAAAUAGCCAUCCGCUCAAAAACAUUGACGUCUGUGAACAAAUGAGCAUGGCUGUGCAGAGUGAUCGCACCUGGUCUUUGUACUGCUCCGCCUGUUUGCGUUCAUCUUCCACCUGCAUCAGCAGUUCCUUGAGCUUCUUGUCCUUCUGGCGCACAGUCUUAGCCGACGCCUGCUUCUCCCUGAGAGAGGACAAAAGAGUUCAGAGGUUAACACGAGUUUAACUGUAGAAAACUGCUCUGUUUGUUUGAAGUGAACCAUGAAGUUCCAUGUGAGUUUAGGACACACAUUGAUGCUACGGUUAUUGCUGGAAGAUGCAAAUAAAUUCUUUGUCAAUUAGGUUUUAGAUGGAAUUUGAUCAGAUUUCUCUGUUCCCGACCUGUUCUCCUGCUCCAGCUGCUCCUCCAGUUGUGCCACUUUAGCCUCCAAGGAAGAGAUAGAGGACUUGAACUUGGACUUGACCUGGUUCUCCAUCUCCUGGAGCUUUGCCUUCAGCUCCUUGUUCUGGCGCUCCAUCUGCUGCCGGGCGCUCUCGUUCUUCUGGGAGGUGCUGCGCUCUGUCUGCAGCUCGUUGCUCAGCUGAUCCGUCUGUAUGCAUGCAAGGAAAAAAGGGUGAGGCCUCUGCACAUUUUGAGCCCUUUAUGACUCCGGUAGCUGCUACUGUCUGGUCACCUGCUGCGUGCUCUUCCUCAGCCGGUCGUUGAGGAUCUCCAUGUUGCUCUGCUCUUCCUCCAGCUCCUCCUCUAGCUGGGAGAUCUUAGCUUCCAGACGGCGUUUCUCAUCUGCCAAGGCGGACCUGUACACAGAAACAAGUGUGACCAUCACUUUGUCUGCGGCGUUCAUUUCACAGACAAAGGCAACGGUGAAAUCUCCACCCACUUUCCAGAGGAGUUGCUGGCCAGCUCAUCAGAUAGCUCGUCUCUUUCGGCCUCCGCCUGCUUCCGUGCUCUCUCGGCUGCAGCCAGAUCCUAGAAACAUGCUAGAGAUUAAAUCUUUAUUUCAAGCCUCUAAUCUCAAACAAUUUGCUUGUUUGGUAUCGGCUGUGUUACCUCCUGUAUCUGCAUGAGCUCAGCUUCCAGACCCUUGGCUUUCUUCUCGCUCUCCUUUGCGGUGGUUAGCACCUCUUCUCUGGCAGCGUGGGCAUCUUCCAACUCCCUCUGGUAGUCCUUCAUCUGCGCCUGGUGGGAGAAAGAGAAACGGAAAUAAGGAGUGCAUCAGAAUGGGAUUUAUUCACCAGGUAUAUUUACGGUACAGCACUACCCGGAGCUUUGACCUGAUUGUGGACGCAACGCUCCCAAAAAUCCCAUUUAUUAGUUACCCAAUAUUUAGUUUAGUAAAAUGGUACGUUAGAUGCGUUAAGUUCACACGUCCUACAUGGAAUAACAAAAAGAAGGAAAUGAUAUCUGCAUCUAAAAUCAGAUAAAAUGAAAUCUAAAAUAAAAUGCUGCUGCAUUCCAUCCGUCCCUUCACUCUCACCUGGAGCUUGCGGAGCUGUUUGAUGGCCUCAUCCCGUCCCUUACUGGCCGUCUCAAUUUGUCCCUCCAGAUCUUUCAUGUCCGUCUCCAAUUUCUUCUUGGCUGCUGUCGCCAGGGCCCUCUGCUUACGUUCAUCCUCCAGCUCCGUCUCCAACUCACGGACCUGCAGUAGGUAUUCAUCAUCGCUUAGAUCAGUGGUUCCCAAACGUCUUCACAUCAAAGACCGACACAAACUAGAGCACGGACCCCCAUUGAUACGAUUUUGUCCCGUUUUUGCUGGGGAC